AUGAACGCGGCCGGAACCAAGUUAAAACUUCAGGAAUCGAAUGGAAUGGACAUAAAAACAGUCGAAAUAGGAGCAGGAUGUCGAAACGCAGACGACAACCAUGAUGUCGCAUUGGACGUUACUGUUAGCAACGUGAGUGCAACAAACAAUGGGGAAUAUGCAUCUGGUUCCAAUGACUCAACGGGACCGGAAGAGGUUAGGGAGACGUGGUCAGGGCAUUUUGAGUUUCUCCUCUCUGUGGUGGGUUACACAGUCGGGCUGGGUAACAUUUGGAGGUUCCCGUACUUUGUAAAGCGUAAUGGUGGAGGUGUGGCCCUGAUUCCUUUCCUGAUAUUUUUGGUCACGUGUGGAGGACCUCUAUACUACAUAGAGGUUUGCCUAGCCCAGUUCUCUGGGAAAUCACCCAUUAAAGUCUGGGAUAUAUGUCCGUUAUUCAGAGGAAUUGGAUUUGUGAUGGUUGGAUUAUCAUUUAUGUUCGCCUGGUACUUCGGGGCGUGUUUUUCCUGGAUCAUCUACUACCUCAUUCACUCCUUCCAUCCUAGUCUUGCUUGGGCCUCUUGUGGUCAGCCUUGGAACACGAAGUUUUGCAUAGACGCAUCAACGAAUUUGACGGAAAAGAAGUUGCAGCUGGCAUCAAACAUAUCUGAUAUAUUUGAAUUUUCUACUUCGGCCACAGAAUUUUGGGAGAACAAUGUUUUGGCCAAGUCGCGUGGUAUAAACGACCUGGGAUCUGUACAGUUGCAUCUGCUCGGUUGCAUGGCGCUCGGAUGGCUUCUUGUGUUUCUCUGCCUAUGGAAAGGUGUCAAGUCACUUGGAAAAGUUGUGUACGUGACGGCGACAUUGCCCUACGUAUUGCUGACUGUGCUCCUGAUUCGCGGCGUCACUUUGGACGGUGCGGUUGACGGAAUAAAGCACUACAUUUAUCCAGACUUUAGCAAACUAUUGAAAAGACAGAUAUGGAUCGAGGCUGCGGUGCAGUGCUUCUAUUCGCUGGGACCGGCAUGGGGAGGAGUCAUCACUAUGGCUAGCUUCAACAAAUUCAGCCAUAACGCAUUCAGGGAUACGAUGAUCGUGUGUUUUGCGGACGGGUUUACGGGAUUUUUUGGUGGACUGGUUGUUUUUUCAGUUCUUGGGUUCCUUGCUAAGGAAACCGGCGUCUCAAUUGACGAUCUUCCAUUUUCAGGUGCCUCUCUGGCGUUUAUUGCCUACCCGGAAGCACUGAGCAGACUUCCAUUACCAAACCUCUGGGCAGUCCUCUUCUUCAUUACCCUCAUUUUAGUUGGCAUCGACACAACGUUUGGGACGUUUGAAACAGUGACAAAUGCGAUCAUUGACUAUGAUUUCCGUCGGCUCCACCGAUAUCGCUUCCACAUCACCUCUCUGCUUACCGUCCUGAUGAUUGUCGGCAGCAUCCCACUGUGCACAUCGGGAGGAUACUACAUCUUUAUGUUGACCGACUGGUAUAUCGCAACCUUCAACAUUGUGUUCGUUGCCCUGUUGGAGACGAUCAUAAUUUCUUGGAUAUACGGUGCAAACCGUUUCAGCGAAGACAUAGAGAUGAUGACAGGCAACCGCCCGCCUUUGUUAGUCCGAAUAUUCUGGUCCGUAAUUAUACCCAUAUUCAUAUCCACCAUUCUUAUCACCUCGGCAAUCAACUUCGGCGAGCCGUCGUUCGGCAAGGGAGGAUACCAGUACCCGGACUAUGCUGUUGUGCUGGGUGACGUGCUCGCCUUCGCUCCGCUGAUCAGCAUAUUUGCUGUUGCAGCUAUUUUGGUGGCUAUUAAAGGCACGGGAACAAUAACACAGAGAAUCUGCCAGCUAACACGACCUUCUAAAGGAUGGCGCCCAAACGACGAGAAAGCCGAGCAGAUAUUCAACAGCAAGUCCUAUACGUACCGCGAAACACUUCUAGAAAGAAUCAUAUACGAUGUGUUAGGGUGGCGGUCCAGCUCUUAG